GGCUGGUGUCAUGUUGUAUGUGCUUUGUACAUUCCCGAGGUUUCAUUUGGCUCCAUUAACUCUAUGGAACCAAUCAUCUUGAAAAAAGUCCCCCAAGACAGAUACAACAAGUUGUGUUACAUAUGCGAGGAGCAAGGAAGAGCCAACAAAGCAACAUCAGGUGCCUGCAUGCAGUGCAACUACAAAUCUGGAUGCAAGCAACACUUCCAUGUCACCUGGUCUGUCUGUUUUGCGUGUUCAUCCAAUCAUUAUAAACUAAACUGA